AUGAAAUUUCUAGGAUUAAUAAUUACAUUCUACCUAGCCCUAUUGUCGGGGGCGAUUAAGUUGAAUUACGCCAUAGAUGGUGAGACGUAUUACCUUCACUGUGACGAAGAAAUUGGUUGUGUUUUAGCUGAGGAAGAUGAUGCAACUGACUUUACCUAUGAUGGCAAUCAGGGUCUCCUCAUGGUUGGAGACUUGUAUGUGGGCUACCCCAAUUCUGACCAAGAGAGCUUGACCUUGCUAGAGCUUGAUGACGAGACUCUGUUGCUUUUGGCCACCCUUUCUGAAGAUGGGCAGAUUCUUACGGUUCAAUCUACUUAUUCGUGUGAUUUACAGAUCAGUGGAAACAAUGGCGAUGGCUGUAUCGAAAUUGAAGCAUUCGGCGUGGGGUCAAAAGAACCAGAAGAACCAGAAGGACCAGGAGCACCAGGAGAACCAAUUAAGUUGAAUUACGCCAUAGAUGGUGAGACGUAUUACCUUCACUGUGACGAAGAAAUUGGUUGUGUUUUAGCUGAGGAAGAUGAUGCAACUGACUUUACCUAUGAUGGCAAUCAGGGUCUCCUCAUGGUUGGAGACUUGUAUGUGGGCUACCCCAAUUCUGACCAAGAGAGCUUGACCUUGCUAGAGCUUGAUGACGAGACUCUGUUGCUUUUGGCCACCCUUUCUGAAGAUGGGCAGAUUCUUACGGUUCAAUCUACUUAUUCGUGUGAUUUACAGAUCAGUGGAAACAAUGGCGAUGGCUGUAUCGAAAUUGAAGCAUUCGGCGUGGGGUCAAAAGAACCAGAAGAACCAGUCCCAGAACCUACAACUGAAACAAACGAGGACGAACCAGAACCUACAACUGAAACAAACGAGGACGAACCAGAACCUACAACUGAACCAAACGAUGACGAACCAGAACCUACAACUGAACCAAACGAGGAAGAAUCAGAGCCUACAACUGAACCAAACGAUGACGAACCAGAACCUACAACUGAACCAAACGAGGAAGAACCAGAGCCUACAACUGAACCAAACGACGAAGAACCAGAACCUACAACUGAACCAAACGAGGAAGAACCAGAGCCUACAACUGAACCAAACGACGAAGAACCAGAACCUACAACUGAACCAGACGACCCAGAACCAGAACCUACAACUGGUCCUGAAGAUCCUGAAGACCCAGAAGACCCAGAAGAUCCAGAGGACCCAGAGGACCCAGAAGAUCCUGAAGAUCCUGAAGACCCAGAGAACCGAGAAGACCCAGAAGACCCAGAAGACCCAGAAGACCCAGAAGACCCAGAAGACCCAGAAGACCCAGAAGACCCAGAAGACCCAGAAGACCCAGAAAACCCAGAGGAUCCAGAAGAUCCAGAAGAAUCUGAAUCUAACACUCCAUUUAAAAUUUCUGCAUCUGCGGACGGUACCCUUUACUUGAGUGUAGAUGAGAAUGGCGUUAUUGUUCUAGAUAGUGCCGACCGUGCUGCAGAGUUUUUCAUCGUUGACAAUUAUUUGAAAACUGGUCAGUUAUAUGUAGCAAUUGCUGACAAGAUAUUGAUUACUUCCCCCAACAUUGAGGAUGCUUCUCCACAAUGGGCUAUUGUAGACGGCACGUUAGUAUAUUUGACUGCAGAAGGUGAGUACGCGUUGUUUAGUAAUUGUGAAGGUGUAACGAUCUAUGUCGACGAAGAUUGUGAUCCAUUAGUUCUUAAGAUUGAGGUUAUAGAAGACGAACCUGCAGAACCUACUGCUGGAGGCGAAGAAGGGACUACUACGGAUCCUGUUCAAACCCCUGACGACGACAGCGAGAGUGCACCUGUCACUGUCACAAAUGAAGUCAUUGUCACUGUGACUGAAUGUGUUGAAGAAACUAUCUGUGAGACUAAGACUACUAUUUCCAGAACAGUCAUUACAACAUAUUGUCCUUUGGAAACUGAAAAAGUUGUUCGUACAAUCACCGAAACUAUUACUAGCUGCGACUUACAUACUUGUAGAGAGCAUGUGCACGAACUUACAACUACAUAUUAUGUAACUUCCGUUGUUACUGUUAUUGUCCCACAUGGUGCUCCGUCUAAGGGUCCUGCCGGCCUUGACGAUGUUCCCGAAGCUGGUCCCCAAGUAGCUCCUGGCGUUGCUCCUGGCGUUGCUCCCGGUGUCGUUCCUGAACCAGCCCCUGGCAAAGUUCCUGAUGCGGCCCCCGAGCAAGGUCCCGAUGUAGCCCCUGGCAAAGCUCCAGAUGCAGUCCCUGGUGGAGAACCUGGUGUAACUCCUCCUGGCGAUGAAGUCCCAAUUCCACAAGUAGCUGGUGCCAAUCAAUCGUACUUAGUAUCACUAGUUACACUUUUAAGUGUGUUGGUACCAUGUUUGAUUUUUCUUUGA